AUGGAAAUUAGACAAAGAAGUUUAGUUCAGAGACUUGACCUCUAUUUUUGGCCUUACACUGCAAAUAAUUAUAUAAAAUAUACGAUAUACUUCACUCCCAAAUGCUGACUCUUCUUCAGGUUUCUUGGAGCAGCUUUUUGCAUUAUGACUUUUGCAUUGUCAAUUGUAGAGACACCUACUUUUGAUUUUCUUGUAAUUUUAGCUGACUGAGGCUGUGUUAUAACCUCACUAUACUUUUCCAUGACUUUAUAUAACUACAAAUACUCUAAUUGCUGAAAAAUCACACACUUUUUAUAUGAACUGAGCUGAUGCAUUGAUUGGACGGUUGUUCUUUUAUUUUGGGGAAUUAUCUAUCCUACCCAAACCUGGGGGCAAAGCAUUCAAGUUACUGUUUUAGCAAAUGGAGGGGUGUUUAUAUUUAUCCUAAUUGAUUCGAUUAAUAACCAAAUUUGGUUUUUCCGAAAGCAUGUUUAUCUGAUAGUAAUUAUUGGCUUUUUAUAUACACUACUGCAUUUGAUUUAUACUUUAGCUGUUAGGAAAGUAUAUGAUAUAGUAAAUUAUAAGAAUGCUUAUACUUAUCUCAUAAUUUUAGGAACUUAUCUGAUGCUAAUCAUCAUCUUUAUUCUAGGAGCGUUUUUAGACAAGUUUAAAUCAAAAUUCGGAUCCUCAGAUCUUAUUCCUGCCACAUCCAGCUUUGCAAGCUCAAUUGCUGACGACCGCAGAGAAAUUUCUUUAAUGAAUCAAAAAAAUAAGCGGUAA